CGCGCCCCCUCCGCGCCAUGCUGGCCGCCGCCUGGCUGGGCAGGGGCUCCUGGGGGCUCCUGCGCGGCGCGGCGCGGAGGCGGCCGGGCGGCGGCGGCGGCGCGAGGCCUCUGGGCGGCCGGCCCGGUUCGGCGGAGGGCGGGGGGCGGCGGGGCGGGGGCAUCUCGUGCCUGCCCGCGUGCGCGGGGCCCCCGCGGCUGCUGCGCGCGCCCGCCGCCGUCUGGCGCCUCCUCAGCGGCGGGGCCGCCCCGCCGGAGCCCCCCCGGGAGCGGAGCGCGGCGGAGCCCUGCGCGGAGCUGUAUGAAAACCCCUGGACCAUCCCAAAUAUCCUGUCCAUGGCGAGAAUGGGCCUGGCGCCAGUUUUAGGUUAUUUGAUCGUUGAAGAGAAUUUCAGCGUUGCACUUGGUGUCUUUGUCCUGGCUGGCGUGACGGACCUGCUGGAUGGAUUUAUUGCACGGAACUGGGCUAAUCAGAAGUCAGCACUGGGAAGUGCUCUCGAUCCCCUGGCGGAUAAAAUUCUCAUCAGCGUGCUCUACGUGAGCCUAACGUGUGCAAACCUUAUCCCAGUUCCACUGACUUCCAUGAUUAUCCUGCGGGAUGCAGCGCUCAUUGCCGCUGUUUUUUACGUGCGAUACAAAACUCUUUCUCCACCGAGAACACUGAGUAGGUAUUUUAACCCCUGUUACGCUACUGCACAAUUAAAACCAACAUUCAUUAGCAAGAUGAACACAGCUGUUCAGCUGAUUUUGGUGGCAGCUUCUUUAGCAGCUCCUGUUUUCAAUUAUGUGGACAGCAUAUAUCUGCAGACAUUAUGGUGCAUCACAGCUUUCACAACGGUGACAUCUGCCUACAGCUAUUACCACUACGGCAGAAAAACUGUGCAGGUGAUCAAGAACAAGUGAAGUGGUGCAGGUGAUAAAAAAUGAAGUGUUCCUGGAAGGGCAGGAGGAUGCUGUGCCCCCAGAGGUGGUGGUAUUGCAGCUGAGUUUUGGAUCAAAGCACUCUUUGUUCUUCUGCUUAAACCAUGGCAUCACAGUGAAGUGAAAUUUGAACAUGUACUGUGUAUAUAUGUAGAGAGAGACUUUUCAAUGUAUUUUUAAUUUCUUUAAAAAUGAGGUUGUUUACAAAAACAAAAUAAAUAACAUUCUUAAAAACACGGGCUACUUGUUGCUGCCAUGUGCAUUCUGAGUAAUUUUAUGCUGUUUUUGAAGUCAAGACACACAGCUGGCACCAGAUUUGUUCUGCCAUAUUCAUGCAAGGCCCUGCGUAUGCUGAGAUCUGAGAAGAAAAAGCAAUUACAAGAACAAAUUUGUCUUUGUACCUCAACCUAAGUUAGUAAACCAGCACUGCUCAUAGAACUUAAUGACAUGCCUCUGGUUGCAGCAGAAGAAAGCACAUCAUCGAGGGACAGAAAUUCAAACCAGAGAGAAAUUUUACGUUGCAUUCCGUUGUCAUAUGGAUAAGCCAUGAAGAGUUCCUACCCUGCUCCCUUUUCUUUUAAAAUAUGAGCAAUGAUGAACUGUA